GUGGUUGACCAGAUUGACACAUUGACGUCUGACCUGCAGCUGGAGGAUGAGAUGACAGACAGUUCCAAAACGGACACACUCAACAGCAGCUCCAGCAGCACAACAGCUUCCAGCUUGGAGAAAGUCAAGGUGCGGGGCAGCACACCACUCAUAAAGCCGCCUGCGCACCCCUCCGCUAUCCUCACUGUCCUGCGGAAGCCAAAUCCGCCCCCACCUCCACCGCGACUGACGCCUGUCAAGUGCGAUGAUCCUCCGAGGCUGCCUCCUUCAGCCAACCCAGUCAAGACUAAUGGUACCCUGUUGCGAAACGGGGGCUUGCCAGUCGGAUCCAACCACAUCCCAAAUGGAGAUAUAUGCUGUAUGCCGAACAGUAAUUUGGAGAAAGUUGCAAUGCAGCCUCUGAUGCACAGACGUGAGAAAGAGCAGUUUCCUCAGCCAGGAGCAAGGGAACGGGUACGGUUUAGUGAAAAAGUGCAGUACCACGGCUAUUGCCCUGACUGUGAUGUUCGGUAUAACAUUAAAAACAGGGAGGUGCACUUACACAGUGAGCCUGCCCGUGUCCUGGGAAAGCUGCCACACCAAUGCCCUCCUCUGCCACCUCCACCACCUCCACUGCCUCCAUUUCCCCUGGAAAAUGGAGGGUUGGGUAUAAGUCCCAGUAAUAGCUUUCCGCCUCCAAGACCUGCGACUGUGCCUCCACAAACUGCAUCAAAACCCCAGAAGACCAUCUUGAGGAAAUCAACCACUACAACAGUGUGA